GUGUGUGUAGUGGCGUCUGGCAGCUGCUAGCUUGGCGUGUUGACGGUCAGGCUGCCACAGAACAAACCGAAGAGACGGCGUUAGCGGUACGCUGAGGCGAAGGAUUAUAUAUUAAUACAAAGCAAGGGUUAUAGAUGAUAUUUACAGAUUUUAAUUUUGAGAUAGACUUUCGUGUAGAUGAAAUUAAACCGACGAGAUUAUAACCAGGACUAUACUGUGGGUGGAAAAACGAGUGAACUGGUCCAUUUCCAUUGGGGGUAUAAUAUUAUUACAAAUAUGCAAUCGAGGAACAGUUCUGCGUCGUUAGAGCUUUUUAGGUGUACAUAAGAGACAGCGAGAGAGCAAAAAAAGCUAACAAAAUAGAUAGCAUUGUGUAUUUUAAUACUAUUAUUAUCUCGACUGUAACGUAAUAUAUUUUAUAAAAGCACAAAUUAAAGACGCCUUUUCUGUUUGGCUGUUACAUGUUUUAAUUCGUGGAACCGGUAUUCUUGGCAUAGUAUAUAUCUAGGGAUAGGAAAAACGGAUAAAUAAUACAGCGGUAGUGAGCAGGCAGGCAGUCCCGUGAAACUAAGGUAUGGUUGUGAAUGUCAUUAACACAACAUAGGCGAGCCAGUGGCAGUGACUGUGAGAGAGGGAGAGUCGUAGUAGAGGGGGAGUAGUACUUGUCAGGAGGGAAGGACUGAGCAGAGCUGGCGACUGAAAUGUCAGGAUAUAUCGUCAACCACGACAGCGCAGACUGGAGUUUGGAAAUCAGCGAAGUCCUGACACAUUGCAGCAGAGAGAGAGCCGGGCAGAAGAAUUAAUUAGGACUGCUGCGAGAACUCGGGAUACCACACUGGCAAUUGAGCAAACCAGGCUGUGUCAUUAAUCAGCUGUAGACACAUCACCCUCCUUUACUACAACCAGAACUGCGGGGACUGAUUGAGGUUUGAAUGUGGACGGUCGGAUCAUUUUAAAUUGGAUUACCAGAGGUGCUGUCAUCAUCAUAGUUAUUACUAAGCCACAUCGGAUUUUCCCGUUUCUUCUCGAUACUAUUUUUUUUUUUUUUGCCCGCUUACAACACGAUCUACUACUUUGCAGUCUACAGACUGGUGUCCUCCAAAGGGUCGGUGUUGUUGUCUGCAGUGUGUGUAUUCGAGCUGUCUGGAAUCGCCCUGAACUGGAACAAACCGCACUAUUUGGAUGUCCGAUGUGCUGAAGAUAACCUUGACCAGGAGGAAACAAUGGCCAGCACACAACUUUUUUCUCAGGAGGCACCAUUUCUUAAAGGAGCGAUGAGGAAGCUGAGUAGGGAGAGAAUGGAGGACACUCCGAUUAAAAAAAGGCUUGUGGCAGAACUGCAUCGGAAUGGCAGAGCAGAGGAGGCCCCUAAAACCCCCAAAAUAAAGAAAGAAAUUGUGGAAGACACUGGAGAAUCAGAGUCCAGUGAAUGUAGCAAGCAGGUUCCAAUUCCUGGGUCAAAGCCUUUGGACCUGAGCCCAGGCUUGAAGCACACCCUGGCCCAGUUCCACAUCAGCAGCCAGGUUUCCUUGGGUGGACCAGCAACCUUUUCGGCUCGAAAUACCCAAGAAUGCAUGUCCCCCAGCGUCUUCAUGCCACUUACAUCACCACCAGCCUUGCCAGGCCCCCUGCUCAUUCCUUCUGACACUUCCACUGAGCUUACUCAUUCCCUACUGGAGGGGGAAUCCAUUUCCUGUUUCAUGGUUGGCGGUGAGAAUAGACUAUGUCUCCCUCAGGUCCUUAAUUCGGUCCUGCGUGACUUUUCACUCCAGCAAAUUAACACUGUCUGUGAUGAGUUGUACAUCUACUGUUCGAGGUGUAAUGCUGACCAGCUUCACAUCUUGAAAGUGCUGGGCAUCCUGCCAUUCAAUGCACCUUCCUGUGGACUUAUCACACUGACGGAUGCUCAGAGACUGUGCAAUACUUUAUUGCGCCCAGGCACACUUAUGCAGAAUUCCAGCAAGCAUGCAUGCAAGAGCACAUUGACUCAACUGAAAGAGACCUACUCAAACUUCAAGGUAGAGCACGAAUGCCUGGGCAAGUGUCAGGGCUUGUUUGUGAUGCAGUUAUACACGCAGCCUAAUGCCCCCUGCAUCCAGUGCCUGGAGUGCCAGCUGAUGUUUUCUCCCCAGAAGUUUGUGAUGCAUUCCCACAAGUCACCUGACAAGAGGACCUGUCACUGGGGCUUCGACUCGGCCAAGUGGCACUGCUAUCUCCAGCUUGGGAAGAAGUAUUACAAUACUCCAGAGGAGAAGCAGCUGAAGCAGCGGCUUCAAGAAAUCAAGGAGAAGUUCAGCUUCCAAGAGAAAAGAACAUUUCAAACGGACUAUUCUGAAGAUUUCCAGGUGAAAAGGUCACGCUACAACCUCUCAAAUCUACAGGGCAAGCUACCCAACAAUGACUCUGUCAAAAAGCCUGAAUCCCAGCAGGAUGUGCUGUUCAAGCACUGGCAUGCAGACAUCAAGCAGGACCCAGAUCAGGAUUCUGUCGUCCAUCCAAGCUACUACCUAUACAUGUAUGAUAAAGUAGUGGCCCCUAACGUCUCGCUGCCUGCCUCCUUGAUUCACGGCCGUGACUCUGGGAAGCUGCCAGGUAGAGCACCAGAGAGAAGUGGAAGUGAGGAUGUGAUUGGUGCCCUGCUGAAGCACCAUUACCAUGAAGGAUUGCUUGAUGAAGAGAAAGAAUCUCAGAGAGUGGCGAAAUCAGCUGGUGCCAUAGAUCUCCACACUGGAAGUUGUUCUGCAGAUCAAGUGAAAUCCGAACAUGUCGGUGAGCAUGGCCCCUUGGCUGUUGCCAUGGAAACCAACCCGAGUGAGCACACCUUCUUGCCUGUCAUUAAGGACAUAAGCUCGGAGGAUGACAAGGACAAAAUUGUGGUGGAAAUUGUGCAGAUGUACACUAAACAGCAGGAGAGGCUCAACGCAACUCUGGAAAAGAAAACACAGUUGCAAAUGGAGCUGGAUAUGUUACGCAGCCCCAGCAGGUCUCCCCGGCUGAAGGAGCUGUCAGAGCAGUGCGAGCUGCAGCAGGAGCUGGAGUUGGUGCAGAGCGAGCAGGCUAGCAGGCUGGAGGAGCUCAGAGAGGAGCAGAUGGAGCUGGAGAGGAGGCUGGAGCAGCUGAGGCAGCAGGGCUGCGCAUGUGACCGCUCCUCUGAGAGGGACCGGGAGGCACAGUAUGCAGCACAGCUGUCAGAGCUGCGCCAGAGGCUGGAUCAGGCUGAGGCUGACCGCCAGGAGCUGCAGGAAGACCUGCAGAGGGAGCGAGAGGCCCGGGAGAAACUGGAGAAGAUGAUUACUGAGAUGAAGCUGCAGAUCUCUGAGAAAAAUAACCAGGAGGCGAAGUGCAGGAAUGAUAGGUCUUUGCACACAAGCUGAACACGCCUGGUUUAGGAGUUUCAUAUAAGCAGUGGCUCCUAUGAGUGGAUUAGGAAACAAGCUGAUCUCAUUAUGAAGAGGACCAGGAACCUUCUACUGCGGAUCUACAUUGGGCACAUAACCAAGAAUAACUAACCUGAACUACUUAGUCACUUGUAAAUGGGUAACCAAACUGACUACUAGAAAAACAAAGAUGCAUUUCACCAAUAUUCAGCUUGUACUACCUUAAAUACUGAGUCAUGUGUUGAACAACAGUGUGUGUGUGUAUGCGCGUGUUUAUUAUACUAUUAUCCAUACUGCAGUGGUAAUUGCUAAACCUCAUCUGAAACUGUGAAGCAUGGAAAGCUUUAUUUGUGUAAUAGGUGUCUCAUGUAAAUAAUGUUUUUCAUAAGAAACUUUUCAAUUGUUUUUUUUUAUUUCUUUUUAGUCAAACCUACUUUGGCAUUCACAGACUUCACAAUAUUACGCUACAGUUCUCAGCUUUGCUGUACUCCUUUUUGUAAUAGUGUAUUCCCAUUGGAGUCAUUGUCUGUAUCGAUGGUUAGAACACCUUAUUAUCCGAAAGAAUUGUCUUCCAAUCGGUAUUGUUAAGGUUUAGUGACACACAGUUAAAUCAUUUAAGAUGUGUGGCUCAGCAGAAUUGCAGGAGUCGCACCAGUUUGUUGUUGAUGGCAAAUCCACCACAGGUCAGCAUAAAGCAUGUUCAGUCCUUGUUUUGAGAUGUGGGACAGUGCUUGAGUUUAACAUUCUGCACUUGGGCAGCUGUAAUUCAUUCUGCAUACCUGACCAAUUCCUUGUCUGUCUAAAAGACGAAGUGUCCAGUUAUGAUAAGCGUUCUGGUGGUGAAGAGAUCUGUCCGGUGUGAAAUGGACAGGCUAUCAAAACUCAUUACAGAUCCUGAGCUAGUCAUCUGGAAUAAAAGAGCUUCAUACCUUGUUCCCAGUUCAUUAUACCAUGCAUUGUUUUCAUAUCUAUUCAGAAAAAUGAUCAGAAAUAGAAUUGUAGUCACCAGCAUUGCUGUUAAGUAAUAGUUCAGAUGAUUUUCUUUAAAAUUAGGUAAAAUAUAUUUUAUAAUUUUUUUUUUGUUGUUGUUUUUAUGUUUAAAAAAGAGAACAAAACUAAAUAUAUAGUUGCAGUUCAUUUGUAUUUGAUUAAUUCUUUAACUACAAGUAUAUACAAACAUACUGAGAUUGUAGGGAUUGAACAACAAAAAAAGAUUGCUUUUAAUUUUGUUUGUAAGUUUUUGCAGUAAUAAUGGAAGAACAAUACAUUGCUGAUUUGAAAUGCUUUUAAAUGUAUUUUUCAGCUUCUUGUGAUCCAAACUGAACUGCAGUAAUCUGUCACACCUGAAUUGAUGCCAUUUAGCCAGAUGACCACGGUAGUUUUGUUGGGCUGACUGGUUGAUUCCACUCCCCUGAGCUUUUUGAAGUGUGAAAUUGCUUGGUGUCCUCGACACAGCUGAAGAGGUGGCCUGCUGAGAUAAUACUAGGAAGCCCUAGCGAGUGCCAAAGGAAAAGAAUCGUUUGAUGUAAAAAAAAAAAAAAAAAAAAAAAAAAAAAAUGUUAAGACACUGAACAAAGAAAAAUGUUGGAACUUCUAACUUGGGAAUUAUAAUUGAAAAUACCGACAGUCUCGGUUUUAACAUCAAAUGGAAAUACCCUCUUAAAUGUGUAAUUAAUUCAUAAAUGUGGCUGCUCUGAAUUGAAGAACUGGGUUUGAGGUAAAACUGUCAUAGUUUUGGUUUAAACACACUGAAGCCAUCAAGUCCCACGUAUUUGAAACCAAGAAAAUAAAGGCGUGUUUUGAAUUUUCUGAUAUUCUACAGUUGUCAUAUGCCUACCAAUUAGGUCACAUACGAACAUGACGUGUGUGCCAGCACCAAUCGCUGUAAUUCAGUAAUCUCAACAGGACGUGUGUGCAAGCACCGAUCACUCUGAUUCAGUAAUCUGAACACGACGUGUGUGCGAGCACCGAUCACUCUGAUUCAGUAAUCUGAACAGGACGUGUGUGCGAGCACCAAUCGUUGUAAUUCAGUAAUCUGAACAGGACGUGUGUGCGAGCACCGAUCACUGUAAUUCAGUAAUCUGAACAGGACUUGUGUGCGAGCACCGAUCACUAAUUCAGUUUUUAACACAUUGCCAUCAUGAUUCUUUCACAGUUUUACCUCAGAAUGUAUGAUAGUGUGUUUUUAGGGUAUGGAUGAAGAACUAGUUAAACGGUGCCAGAUUUCACCUGGACUCAGUGUUUCAGAAAUGGAGAUUGGGUUCAGCUUCAUUUAAAUGGUCACUGGUGCCUAAGGUUACUUUUUUUAAAAUGACGUCUAGCAUACUAAACUGCAAUCCAUGCAUACAUGGAUUACCUAUGUCUAAAAAAACAGCAGAUGCUGAGCCAAAAAUAGACACAAUAAUUAGAUUUUUAUAAAUGCAUGCUCCAGUCUGUGUAAAAUGCAUUUUCUAAUUGAAUUUUAGUAUCAGCUUUCUCUUGUCCUGUUAAUGAGUAUGGUUAAAAUUACUCAUGUAAAUAUAUAGAAUACAAAAAAAAAAAAAAUACCAUGGCCCAGUCCACGUGAAUGAUUAACUUUGGGUAUGCAUCUGCAAUAAAAGUAAACAAAACAAUACAUUCCUUUAUGUUCAAAUUCUUAAGGAUAUAUAUGAGAUUAUCUGAAUCUGAGGAUUUUUUUUUUUUUUAAUUUGCGGCCAGAAAAAUAUAUUUGAUAUAUUAUAUUGUUCUCAAACACUAGAGCACAAGCUUGUUUUUUUAGUUCUUGUCAUAUGAAAAAUCGUGUAAUGUUUUUAAUUGAAAAAAUAAAAAUGCAUAACAUGUCA